CUUGCAAACAACCCAGAGCUAAGCAAAGACAGCAUACACAAUAAGCACUUACAGAGAGAGAGAGAGAGAGAGAGAGAGAGAGAGAGAGAGAGAGAGAGAGAGAUUAUCCUCAUUGUAUAACACAUAUACACACUGUGUGGAAAAUAAAAAAGGAUUCAGGAAUGGGGUUUGGAGGAACAAUGGAGUAUUUGUCAGAGCUGAUAAAUGGAGGAAGGCAUAAACAUGGCAAGAAGAAGAAGAAGCAGUUUCAGACAGUGGAGCUCAAGGUUCGAAUGGACUGUGACGGCUGUGUCCUCAAAGUCAAGAACGCCCUCUCCUCUUUAAGUGGAGUGAAAACGGUGGAGAUAAACAGGAAGCAGCACAAGGUGACGGUGACGGGUUACGUGGAUGCCAGCAAGGUGUUGAAGAAGGCGAAGGGGACUGGGAAGAAGGCCGAGAUAUGGCCGUACGUCCCGUACAACCUGGUGGCUCGACCGUACGUAGCCGGCGCUUACGACAAGAAGGCGCCUCCGGGCUAUGUCAGAAGAGUUGACCCCCCUGUCUCGACAGGGACAAUGACCAUUCACCACGACGAUGACCCUUCUUAUGUCUCUCUGUUCAGCGAUGAUAACCCUAAUGCAUGCUCUAUUAUGUAACCAUAUAUUUCUAUAUAGGAUUCAGGAAUUACAUACAUA